UUCCCGGCCCAAGGGCCCCUUGCCCACCCCACUCACGGGGCAAAGCAGAUAAGAUUUGUGGGUAAAAUUCAAAAUGGCCGACAAAAAGCAAGUUGGAAUUAUUUUUCAACCAGCCCGUAUCUUCGUACAAUCACUUUUCUAGCUCCUAAGGCCCAAUUCGAUUUACUAUUCGAAUACCUUAUGGAAGGGCGAUUUGUUGUAAAGGAAGGUUGGGCUGUGAAGGAAAGUGGACAAGCAGUGCUUGGUCAGACUAACUGGAGAAAGCGAUGGUGUCAACUUGUAAGAGGUUCACAGGGAACAUUCUGGUCUUACUACAGGUAUCAUAGACUACAUAAUAAGCUUUGCUGCAAACAAGUAUUAAUAUUUAACGAAUCUUGAAAGUUUAUAGCAAUUACCUCGAAGACAACGUUAUUAAUAUUCAUGUCAACGUGAUAAGCGCGUGAGAGAACCGGCUGCAUGCGAGGCUCGGCCAUCCUAUUUAGUUAGCUAACAGUUAGCUUACCUUUAGCGGACUUUGGACCACUGGCGCUGCUCUCCUACUGUCUUUGUUAUUGUAAAGCUUUUGUUCCAUUAUUCAUGGUUUGCAUUGAAAAUAAUAUUCAUGCUGGCAGGUAUUUUUGUCAAAGAGCUUGUUUUUAAAUUUAAAAGCUUAUUUUAAACACUAAACAAAUUUUGCCCCUGCAGGUUUUGCCCGCCGAGGAGGUCUGAGAAAGCACCCUUUUAUUCUCCACAUAUAGUUUUAAUUACUCUAAUUCAGGGAUAGUCUGCUACACAGCCGUUUUUAGAGAGGUCACGCAAUGCUCCUCCCCACUAACGCCUGCUGAAAACCGAACUACAUUCCUUUCCUGUGAUAAGCCAAUUAUAAUUCAGCUCCCAUUUUCUGGAAGGUGUUCGCGCCACGUUUGCGGUACUGUGACUCCUCCAAUCACAGAUUUGCUUUUGUCGGUGCCCCAUGGGUGAAUGACAGAGUUAUCAAAAUCGUCGCGCGGAAACAAGCAAGAAAACAAGUUUAGUCUUCACAGAACACAAUGAGCGCAUCCGGCACAUUCUUCAUUACAUAUCAGUGCAUAUGCACGUUAAAUGAAGAAGCAACCGAUCCUGGUAAAAGUCUUCUAGGCCUAUCUAACCUUUUUUUCACUUGGAACUUUCUUGACCGCUUAAAACAAACUUUUUUGCAAAUUAACCUUUUCGUUGGUUGAAAACACAGAGCCCGUCUAAAUUCAGCGACGAUUGAUUGAUUUGUCAAAAACUGAGAAGCGUGCUCGCUUCCUAGCGCCCUGCGGCUCACGUAUUGUCAAAUCUCUCAUACAUGAUUGGCUUGUUCGUUAGACCACAAACGCAAAGGGAAAGGAAUGUAGUUCGGUUUUUAGCAGCCGUUUGUGGGGAGGAGCGUUGCAUGACGACACUAAAAACGGCUGUGUAGCAGAUUCAUGGACAGACCAUUAGAAAACUAAUGUGGGGGGAGGGAGUACAAAAAAACUACAUUAGAACCCUGGUAACCCACACUCUGAAGGGAAAUGAAGUGGGAUUUAGCAAGGGUUCAAGUUGACGGGGUCAAUUGCAAAAUUCAAUGCGCCAUAUUAAAAAUUCGUAGUUUCUAAUUUUUCAGCACUUUAGGGUAUAGUGAAGUGCAAAUUUAACGUAUUUUAUCAGAAACAGUAACAUGAUUUUAAUAUAGGCAUUUUUCAUGAGGAAAUGUGAUCUGUUUGUCGGACCAAUUAAAAUCAAAUAAUUUGAUGUAGUGUUGACCAGUGUUACUUCAAGUGUUGUUACUGAUUAUACAAAAAACUAAUGGGAUGGCAUCCGAGUGGAGUCACAAGAACCAGAAUUCGAGCUAUCAGGGUAAAUUUCAGUGAAUUUAUGACUUAGGGAAAUGAAACUUAGUUCAAGUUAGUGGGGAAUUCGAGUUAACCGAGUUUUCGAAUUAACCAUAAGGGAAAUUAAAAUAAGAUGAAAAAAAAAUUCAUGCCUGCAUGCCAAGUAACCCAUAAAAAAACAUCAUGCACUGGCCUAAAAAUGCAAGACAGAUGUUAACUUAAAAAAAUUCAUGUGGCUCAAAAUUUCUUCUUCUGCGUCAUGAAGCUAGGAGAGAUACCUUUAUUUGCGGGCUAAGUAAAAAUUUACAAAGUAGUUUAAGAUAACAUUAAAAUGGUCUUACAGUCCACCUUGGAGACAGAGAACUUCAUAUUCUAGAAAAAGGUUUUUUUAAAAGAAAAGACUUUGCCAAGAGUGAUUUGCACUCACAAUGGAUGUACAGAUGAUAACAAAUGCAUCAUUCCCCUACUAUCGGUUAGCAAAUUCAUAAAAGUUUUUCUGUUUUGAUUAUGUUGUAAAACCACUAACUGGUAAAUGUUUCUUCUAUUUUAGAAAAAUGGAUGAUAUUGCUCUUGAUCAGCCUGCUGGAAGAAUAGAGUUGGAUUCAACUUGUAAGAGUUUGUGGAUAUUAGGAAUAAAAAAUUAACAGUUUCAAGUCUUGACAUCUGAAUACAGUUGGACCUUCCACAACUGACCACCCAAAACAUUAAAUUUAGUGGUCAGGCAUGGGAGGUAUUUGCCUAAAAGAGUCAAACCACACGGGAUCUUUGAAAUAGACCUUAAAACUCUAUGGGACUAUAGCAAAUUCAACUUCGUCAUAUAAGUGUACGGGAACUUACACUAUGAACCAUGCGAUGGAUUCAGCAAAUGGCAAACUAGACCUAUCCAUAUAUUAUGAUGAAUUAGGCAGCCCUAAAAAUCCUAAGAGGAAAGAUUUUUAUGAAAUAUUGCAACACUGGACUCAAAUUUUGAAACAAAACAAUAUAGAGUAUAUCUUGGCGUAUGGUAGUCUCCUAGGAGCGAUGCGAGAUGGUGAUGUCAUUCCCUAUGAUUCAGACAUCGAUGUUCUCGUCGAUCACAAGUAUUUUUCGAUCCUUAAAAGGCUUUCAGUAAAGACGUAUACUUUUGAAGGAGAAUUUGCUGCAUGCAAUUUUUAACUUACGAUAUGUUAAGCUCCUUGUUGUCACUAAAUGUUCUUUGUAUACUUUGAGUAGCCUAGUACAUACAGGGAAUAUCGAGCGUAUCAGACCAGUGGUUGCUUACAAGAGGUUAAAAACAAUUGAAUAUAUUUUUAAAGAAAUGUUUCUCCAAAAAGUGGUUGUGGUUGCUUACAAGAGGUCUUAGUUUCUGAGAUGUUCAAUUAAAAUCCAUGAUAGUAAUAUGAGUGGGAAAAUUUUGGUGUUUUGGGUAGGUGGUUGCUUUCUAGAAGUGGUCACACAUGGAGGUUCGACUGUAGCUUUGAAUGAAGUCUGUUUUGAUUUAAACAGGAAAUUUAUCUCUGUAGUGGCUGCCAACAGACAUAAUUAUUAUGGCUCUUGGGAGACAAUGAAUUACAAAUUUUAUUCACUGAAUGGGUUUUAUUUGAAUGAACUUCCCAAGAAUUUGUCCACAGACUACUGGAAAAACCAUAUUACAUGUUUGCAUUUAUUAACUCUGGGAAGAAAAGGGAUAAACUCAAACAAGCAAUAGAAUAGUGAAGGGCUUGGAACUUUUUCUCGGCUGAUUUUGACAUGAUGACCUGACUUAUUGAGUUGGUGGAUACUAUGGUCAAGAUUUGUUUAUGUUUGUCGUUUUCUUUUUUUGUUUUCAGUUCUAUGUAAAAUUAUCUUUCCCUUUUCCUCAGCCCUUGAAAUGCUGCAAUUUUAUUAGUGAGUUGAAAAUUGUUGCUUUUAUCUGGAAAACAACAACUCAUCGUUUAAAGCUUAGUCUUUAUUUUUUUCCAGAUGCAGCACGUGAGCUUGAAGAAGGAGAGAGGAAAAAGAAGCCAAACUGCUUUGCUCUAGGACCAGUGUUUGACAACUUUGCUAGGAGAACGUACUACAUUAGCUGUGGUGAGUUAUUAACAAAAUUAAACUAUAAUGUUGACCAACUAUUGCCCAAUAAUUGUUAAGUGAAUACAUUACAUUUCAAUGUAUGCAGGGAUUUGUAAAAGGCAGGAAAACACAAGCAUUUAAGUCAUGAACUUGUAAGAACUUGAAACUUGCUAUACAUAUCACCCCUAGUAAAAGUUUAUUUUCAAGGAAAAAAAUGGAUUGUAUUAAUCCUUGUAAGUUACUAAAUGACAAACAUUUAGGGAAGGUGUUGUCAAUGCUGUCAUUUAAACCCAUCAACAAUAGAUGGGUGUGGAGAAGGUGCUUGAUGAAACAGAAGGGGGAUGCAAGCGAUCCACCGACCAGGCACAGUCACACUGAGAACCUUAGUGGAAAUAGGUGCAGGUACUUACCAAAAAUAGCAUCUAGAGAGGAGGGAGGGUUGGGGCAAAAAACAACUAUAACUACUGCAUGCAAAAGUAACGUCAGCAAAAUGAUUGAUUCCUGCAAAAGCGCUGUAAAAUCACUAAGGCCCUGCUAAACCCCAAGACUGCCCCACAUACAAUUGGUGGUGGAGAUCUGCUGGCCAGCAUUGUCUCAUGUUUAACCACACCUUAAUUACAUUUAGCCACAUUAAACUUAAACCUGUCAUUGGCCCUUCUACUCUUGACUAGUAAGCUGGAUUCUCAAGCCCUGAAGAUGUCUCUGAGAUUUCUCUCCUUUUUAACUAAAACCAGUGAGAAUGGGGUCAGCCUCCUAUCAGUGUUGUAUGUGUUUGGAGGCCAAUUGUGACAUAAUUUUUAAGGAAAAACUAAGAUUUCCUAGUGCCCAAGAGCAAAAGUAAAGUGCUAGGGUCAUCAGCUGCUGCUAGAGCACAGCCCUGCUAAAAAGUAGGUUCUCCUCGUGCAUCCAAUUCAAUACAGACACCUUAAAAUUUCAAAUUAGGUCUGACUGAUCUCUUUAUUUCUAUAGAUUGUAAUUUCUGAAAUAUAUUCUGUUAAGCAUAAAGCUACUGUAGUGUUGGCAUAGCCUGACAGCAUUAUAAUAGUAUUUCAGCUGGCAUAUUGUCUAUUUUCCAGAAACUAUGGAUGAGAAACUUAGCUGGAUGGAAGUGUUAAAUGCUUCAACAGAAUCUCAAACAGGGAAUCAAGAUAAAUUUGAAAGGGGGAGAAAAAGUGUCAGACAGAGGCUAAACAGAAGAGUGAGUAUGUGACCUCCUUAUAAACCAUAUUACAAGGGACCUUAAGCAAUAACGUUAAUGACAUAAACAACAAAUAAAUGUCCAAAUGCAAUCUGUUUAGUGAGCAAAACAGCAUCUUGGUAUUGACAUAAUGAAGAGAUCGAAGUUUGAAUUGAUCAAGUCUGACAUGUCGUAUUUUGGUUGACUCAUGAAUUAAGAUUGAGUCGACCACAUGAGAAUUUCAACUGUGGGGCACUUCAUUUCAAAUGUCGGAACUUCCCAUGUGCCGAACCAAAUGCAUAAAUGUCUGAUUCAACCACUGAACUUGUAUCAUUUUAAUCAACCUAAAUAUAAAGUAUUAAAGGAGCUGUGUCACGAAAUUCAGCCAAAUUAGGAAAUUACAAAAUGCCCAUUAAAUUAAGAGAAACAUAAAAAUAAUUGCUUAAAACUUUAACGGACAGUUAAAAUAACAUAACAGAAACAACAGAUGCGACAGAUGGGCAAAACUGAAGAAGACUGAAACGGAUUGAAAUCAGGGUUUUUGAAAAUUAACUGUUCAGCCUAACAGUUUUUCAAAGUUGAUCCCUGCUGCUUGCAACUUCAAAAAUAGUUCUCAGGAGACAUAUUUAUUUGUCUUGGAUCUCUGAUUUUGUCAUUUACAUGUAAUUUCUUUGCUUACUUUAGGUUCCAUAGCAAUUGAGGGCAAGUAAUGUGCAAAAUUAAACAAAAUGAACUGGACUGCACAGCCCCUUUAAGUUCAGUACAUGAAAAAAUCGAUGUUUGAACUGGGCCCAAGACUGUCUGUUAAUUGUCAACAAGAAGCAAGUUCUUCUGAGUGGAGUUAUUUUCAUUCACAUCCUAAGAACAUUUUGAUAUAUAUAUAUAUAUAUUCAUAUUCAAUUGCUUAACUUAAAAAUUUCAUGUUGGGGCUGGAAUCAGUGCUCAGCCAUUUUGCCAGUCUGCUGACCUCAACAAGCAUGUAGCUGAAUUUUACUUAUGGUCAAAUGUUGAUAAAAUUAUUAUUUUUUUGUGUGUGUGUGCUAUUCAGUCCAGAGGUGGAAACAAAAAGGAAGUUGAUGGGCCACAGGAAAGCAUAUCAUUAGAUCCCCUGCAAAGAAUGGAAGUAAGUUUGGAUUACAUUGGCCUUGUUAAAUUUCCUGCACAUUUUUUAAAGAAUCAGUACACAGACCAUUUCACGUGGCAGUUAAAACCCACAGAACUGGUUUAUUGUCAAAAAAAUAGAUUUUUUACGACAAAGAUAAUAACUGUGCUUCUAUUAGAAUUUGAAUCCAUUACAAACUAUGAGCCACAUAGCUAUGGAGAAAAUACUUGUUUUAUUAAGAAUAUUAAUGAAAAUAUAACAAUAUUAUUUUCCACAUCAGCCUAUUUAACAAAAUUAGAUUCCAUUUUUUUUACUUUGUUUAGUAAAUAUUAGCGAGUUUAAGAUGCCACAAUGGCGACGGUGGCAAAAACGUCACUUAAAAUGUGACUGCAUUCUAUGAAACUUCAGUGGGAUUAUCCCAACUCCCUCACUUUGUCCAAUGUAGGCAAACUUUCCUGGAGUUAAUUCUUAAGAAAGAUAUUCAAGUUUAAAGAGAGAAAGAGGAAUUCGUCGUCAUACGUUUACGUUGUCAAUAAAACGUGAAAUUGUUGUAGUCGUGCAGUGACGGCCAAGAAUUGUACAAAAAAGCAUGAUGCACAUGCAAGUUGUUGUUUUGCUUCCCUGAACCUAUUACUUUUUUCAUGUUCUCAUUUUCGUCGUCGUAGUGACAUCUUAAACUCCCCAUUGUUAUAGAUCACAGAUGACGUCAAAAUGUGAUAAAAACAAACAAAUGGGAAAUGAGACUCGGGCUCAAUGGUGUGCAGGAUAACCCAUACCCGGUCAUACCCAAGAAAGCCCACCUGGUUAGCUCAUUUGGAACAGUGCUGGCCUGCCAAGUGGGUGGGUACAUAGACCCUGGUUGUGUGACACCUACGUAGCUCUCUCAGUGGGGAAGGGAACUUUUACAGACCUUUACUAAUUGGCUUCAUUCUUUUUCAGAUACCCUGCCAAGAAUUGGCAGAGCUAAUAACUAACUUGAUUAUUAUUAGAAAGAAGAUAAAAGAGAGUGCUCAUUUUUAUUUUAUGACAUAAAGGAGACUUUGUCAAGUUCUGGCCACACAGACUUGUCUUUGUUUAAUUGCAGCAGUGGGAAAAGCUUUGCCAAAUCAUCAAUUGCCAAGAAUGGAAGAAAGCCGACAGCAAGAAUGGAGUAACAGUAUCACGACUUAGCUUUGCACGUAAUCAAAAGGCUGCUGUUAAGGUGAUUACAGUCAAGCAGAGGCAGUUUAGUAGCAUUUUCACUGAAGAAGGCCAUUUGUUUCAUGGCCGUCUUUCAGAGCUCAAAAAAAAUUUGAAUUUCAGCUUGUUUUUUGGGCAAGUAGUUCUCAAAUGUUGCUUGCCCAGGGUCACUUCUUGCUCAUCUAAACCUGCCAAGACCCUUGCUUAUUGGGCAAGUAAGCUUUACAAAUUACUUGCCCCGCAAGAAAAUCUACUUGUACCAGACUACUGGAUGGGAAUUUUUUGAUCCUUGAUCUUGAUAACCAUUGAAAAGGCUUGUUAUUAAUGUCACAUAUGCAUGCAUUGUCUAACUGUUAUAUGACAUUUAAACUCAGAGGUGACUCGAGCAAGCUGUAGAGCNGGGUCACUUCUUGCUCAUCUAAACCUGCCAAGACCCUUGCUUAUUGGGCAAGUAAGCUUUACAAAUUACUUGCCCCGCAAGAAAAUCUACUUGUACCAGACUACUGGAUGGGAAUUUUUUGAUCCUUGAUCUUGAUAACCAUUGAAAAGGCUUGUUAUUAAUGUCACAUAUGCAUGCAUUGUCUAACUGUUAUAUGACAUUUAAACUCAGAGGUGACUCGAGCAAGCUGUAGAGCUUAGCAAAAACAAACAAAGAAGCAAAAGGUAAGGCGGUAACAAAGCCGGGACCAUAUGGUGGUGUUUCAAACUCUUGAAAUAUUUCAGUGUAAUAUGGAAAUUUGUAAUUUUGCGCUCCCCAUUUGCCACACUGGUAUAAAAUUUGUGUGGCAUUAUUAAAUUUUAACAAUGCAGAAAUGCUGCAGUGCUGUACUCUAGAAUGAACCCUGCUUUGAAAUGUCUGUUGUUGUUGUUUUUUAAAAGGUUGAAGGAGUAGUGCCAGUUCCUCCAGAUGUAUUGUAUGACUAUCUCUGCCAAGCAAUGAACAAAGGAGGCAAGGUAAGUUGAUUUAGAUAUAAAACCAUAGUUAAUAGACUGGAAUGGUUAUGAAGCCCGUCAGAUGCCUUUGAUAUACAGUCAUACCUCCACUCACGGCCCCCUCUCCACAAAAGCAACCUCUCUACAACUGCCGCUUUUUUGGGCAGACAGUCCAUACAUUGACUCUUGCUUAAACCUGUUUACAACAGUCGCCUCUCUACAACGGCCACUUUAUUCUGUCCCCAAGGUGGCCGUUUUGGAGAGGUUCAACUGUAUGUUUUUGUGGACUUGACAAUGGUCCAGUUUCAAAUUUAAAAUUACCGCUGAAUACAAACAUUAAUGACACAUUUAUACAGGGUUAGCCUUGACGUCACCAGAAAUUCUAGCAAGUGAGUGUUUGAAAUUUGAAUAUACACAACAGACAGAGUAAUAAACCUGUAUUUUUCUCAUUGGAAUUUGUGAAUAGAUUACUUCAGAUGAAGGCUAAGCCUGUAAAAAUGCAUCUCGAAACUGGACUAUUCACAACAUUCAAUAGCAUUCCUAUCACUGAUUAUAUUGACCAAUAAAAACAUCCUGUUGAUGUUAAUAGAAUUUAUUCAAUCACAAUUUGUGAAAAAAAAACAAAGGAUUGUAAAUUGUCAGGGAGCUACAACAUAAACUGCGGCAUUGUUGUUUUCAUCUUUGAUAACCAGUUUUCAUACAACACCCUUCUCUAACACAGAAAACUUUCUAUGUCAUCUGUUCUCCACAUUUUAGGCUUUUCAUUGUCACUUGUAUGUUUGUAUUUUAUUAUAAUGGUUUUCUUUGGAACAUAUUCUAUUUCAGCUAGACCAGCCUUUUCGUGGCGAAAAAGUCUUACAAAAAAUUGAUGGUAACUCGAUUUCUGAAUUUUUUAUCCGUUUGUUUUGUUUGUUUGAAAGCAGGUGUCAGCUUUGUAACAGUUACAAUUAUAACCAUUACAAAAUCUAAUGAAUUUGAUUUUUCAUUUAUAAGGGUAAAGAUAAUUUAAGUUGUAAUUUUCAAUAACUUUUGUAAAUUGGAAUUUUGGUACUUUUUUUCUAGUUUUCUACAAUUUUUGUAAUUUUUCCUUUGCUUGUAAACAUGAAAUAAGGUGUUGCUGUAAAAUAAAAAUAAAAAAAAUUUAAUGAGUAAUAAUAACAUGACAUUUAUUACAUUUAUAUCUUGGAGAUCAAGGUUUUGGUCUGGCUAAUAAUUUACUUUGGUGUAUCUGUGUUCAUUGUACAUGUUCCUGUUCUCUGUCAUUAACAAUAAUGUUACCUUUUUAAAUUGUAGAUUCUAUUCCACAUUCUUGGAUUGUGUAUAACAGAUAUACUCUUCCUUUGCCCAGUGCGUCCCCAAGGGAUGUUUGUUUGCAGAGAAUGUGGAUGCCAUCAUAUUUGACCAGAAAUGGAACAUCAGGUACCUAUGCUAGAUUUUUAAAGAAAAUGGCUUGAACAUACUGGUACUAUCAAACUUUUCGUAUUAGAGAGAUGAAAAUGUUCGUUAUGUUGAAAGCAUACCACAAAAAAUAACUGGGAAUCCUGGCUAGCAGUUCUGUUUGACCUGUGUACCAUGUGCCAACCCUCCAAGUUGCGACCAUUUUGGUGGCCAUGGCGCCUAAAAUUUUGGAGCUGGCGACUUGAUUUGUAAAAAAUUCUCCCUAAGCCAAAAGAGUUGGUGGCCAAAUGGCGACCGAGCAAAAACUUUAACUUGGAGGGUUGUGUGCUAGUCAGUCCCUUUGUCACUGAGCUCUGGAGAGAUGCAUGGUAAGCUAAAGCAUUUGAAAAUAGUUUCUGCUUGUUUUCCAAUGCAUCGCAGGCAGUCAAAGCUUAUGCCUGUCUUAUCCUGGCAGGAGCUUGAGUUGCUUGCUCAUAUUUUUUUUGUCAAAAAAGACGCUUGACACAAAGCAUUAGUUACCAGUAAAAAAACCUUCUGUCAACAGUUUAACAUUGUCAGUAAUUGUGAGUUAAACAGUAAAUAUUAUUAUAGUCUAUGUGAAUUACAUGUAUUGGUUUUCCUAAUACAAAAAAUCUAUUUUAGGAUUGGUGUUAUGGUCUACAAAUCAUUCACAGACACCACAAGAGAAGGUAUGUGUAUCAGAAGGACAAAACUCCUUUUUAUGUAAUUUUAUUGUAAAACAUGCUGAAAUUUAUUCCAAAAACGACUGUCCAUUUUUUCUCUUUUAGAGUCACUGGCGACCCAAGCUCAAUAUGAGAGUUUAAUCAUUAAUACAUGUGGUUUCAUUUUGCGUAAUCCUUUAAAUGGCCGUGAACAUAAAGGAUUUGUAUGGGAAUUCACGUAAAUGANAUGUAAUUUUAUUGUAAAACAUGCUGAAAUUUAUUCCAAAAACGACUGUCCAUUUUUUCUCUUUUAGAGUCACUGGCGACCCAAGCUCAAUAUGAGAGUUUAAUCAUUAAUACAUGUGGUUUCAUUUUGCGUAAUCCUUUAAAUGGCCGUGAACAUAAAGGAUUUGUAUGGGAAUUCACGUAAAUGAUUUAAGAAUAUAAUUAUAUACUCGCUAGAAUUUUAAAUAAAAUACCUGGGAAAAUAUCCACACAGCAAACAAAAACAAGUAAAGUAAAUAAGGUAAGGCGUAUUUUAUUUAUAUUCUUGAAUUUUUUACCUGGAUUUUUAUACAAAUCCCUACAUGUUCAUGGUCAUUUUAAGGAUUAUGCGCUAUGAAACCACUUGUAUUGGACAACCCUCGGGCCGUCUGUGUUAGAGCCAACAACAUCCCAAUACAGUCAAUCAACUUUCCAUCCCAGACAAUUACUAGUGAGUCAAAUUUGCAGGUUGAUCUCGUAGGAGGUGGACUUGCUAUUGAGCAAAACGACUAUUCAUGCAGUUAGUGUUAUGCAUAAACUGUGUUUAUAAUUUCCAAGGUUAUGUUUGUUUUCAGGGUGUCAUAAGAGUGUUUGCAGGCUUGUCAGGAUUUGUGUUAUCACCAGUUCUCUCAACAGGUAUGCAGUAAAUUAUGUGAAGAAGUGCCAAAGAUACCCUGCAAGCAGAGGUUUUUCUCUUGCAUGGCUUUUAGCAUUUACCAAGUCGUUUGCCUCGCUUGUCAGUCACGUAGUUGGUUUAUAAAACAAACGACGCGAACGACUUCGUAAAUGCCAAAAGCCGUGCAAGAGAAAAACCCCUGCUCGCAGGGUAACUUUACAUUGAAAAGUAACUUGGUUUUGUUUUCCUUUUUUUCUUCUUCUUCUUCUUCUUCCAGAUAACGUGGUCCACGCAAAAGCAGCAAUAGUAGUGCAGAUUGAUCUUCAAGACUCCCUGCAAACAAUGCUCGAGGGAAGCUUUAAAUCGGGUAAAGUCUGA